GAUUGAUGUUUUCCCACUAUAUAUAUUUUUCAUUCAUUUAUCCAUAGUAAGUAAUAUAUAUUCUGCUUAGUGAUGGCCUGUUUAGUGGGAUCAGUGUCUGGCAGGCCGAUUCUGAUCACGGAGAACUCGUGUCUAUGGUCACGGAGGUUUCUGACUUCACACGUUUCAACAAGCAUAAGAAAUAACAGUGUUGCAGCGGUGGGACAAAGUGUCUUCCGACGUGGUUCCUCUUCUAUUCACAGUUUUAAGGCGAAGGCCAUGAGGAGGGAAGAAGACGAACGAAGAUUCCCACCACAGCAUCAGGAUGGUCAACCCGGAAAGGAGUACCUAAUGGACCCUCUUCCAAUAUUCAGCGAUCCUAAUUACCAGCCCACUAACAAACUGAAAGGGAAGGUGGCGUUGGUGAUAGGUGGGGAUUCGGGUAUUGGGAGGUCUAUUUGCUACUUCUUUUCUAGGGAAGGUGCAACUAUAGCCUUCACUUACGUGAAAGGUGUGGAAGACAUAGAUGCAAAGUACACGUUAGAGAUCAUAAAUGAUUCAAAAAUGAGUUACGCAGGUGAUCCAAUUGCAAUACAUACUGAUGUUAGGUAUGACAAGAAUUGUAAGAAAGUCGUGGAUGAGGUCGUUGCUAAAUAUGGACGCAUAGAUAUCCUGGUGAACAAUGCAGCCGUGCAGUAUGAAACAUAUACAUUAGAUGAGAUAACGGAAGAGAGGCUUGAAAGGAUAUAUAGAACCAACAUUUUUUCACAUUUCUUCAUGACAAGGCAUGCUGUGAAGCACAUGAAACGAGGAAGCAGCAUCAUAAACACCGCUUCAGUGUUAGGAUUCUCAGGCAGUCCAAAACUCAUUGAUUACGCUUCAACAAAGGGAGCCAUUGUGAACUUCACCAAGAGUUUAGCAAUAUUCCUGGCUGACAAGGGGAUUCGUGUUAAUGGUGUGGCCCCUGGCCCUAUCUGGACCCCACUUGAAGCUGCGUCACUCGAUGAUGAGGAUUUAGCAACCUUUGGGUCACAGAAUCCUAUGAAUCGGGCAGCUCAACCUGUGGAGGUUGGUCCAUCAUAUUUGUUCCUGGCAUCCAAGGAGGCUUCCUUCUACACUGGAUCAUUUCUUCAUCCUGAUGGUGGAGAACUCGACAAAGCUAUUCCUGAAGUCAACAACAACCACAAUACAGAAAGCCCAUAACAUAAUGGGAGUAAAUUAGAUGUUGACAACCUUACCUACGCCAAGGAAAAAGAGUCUACUUCCAUUAAUGCUAGUC